CACACAUAGCAAACUUCUGUCAGCCUUUAGGAAAUUUGAAUCGACGGUAUGGCUCCAUUCGGCGCUUCUGCCUUCCUCUUCGUCCUUGUGGAGACGAUUUUGUUUUGGCGUGUGACAAAUGCCUGCCCUGUUCCCAAUGGUGAGUUAACCUACAACUCAGUGUUGGAGUGUUUGUCAAUCGAUACAGGAAACGAAACAAGAACGCCGUCCAUCACAGUGACCUCAUGCCACGAUGGCAGCCGUUUAUUCACACACCUUGGCUGCUCAUCAAAUCAUUAUUUUCCUUUUAAUGGUUCACUAUGGAAUUAUCAAGUUGCUCGCUUCAAAUUCGACGGCAACAUAGUCAUAACAAAUCUUGUUCACUUAAGAGGGACGAACGCCCUAUCGUUGACCGGAGAUAAUAUAACUAUAGAUUUGAACGGUGUUUUGAAAGUUGAUGUAAAUGCUGUGCCUUCGUCACAUAAAGAAACAAGAUUAGUUGGAGGUUUUGUCACUGCAAUUGGUGCAAAUGGUAAUCCUUACGGAGGACCGGGACGGGGAUUGUAUUACAACAAAGAAGCAGGAGGGGCUGGUCAUGGUGGUUACGGGAAAGGAUAG